CUCGCCCGCCCGCCCUCAGGCCCGGCCCGGCCCGGCCCCGGCCCGCCCUCUCCCUGCCGCCCGGGCUGAUGAGGAGGCGGCUCCAUGUUUUCUUUUCUGCGAGCGGCGGCGGCGGCCUCAACAGAAAGCGGGGAGAACGAAGCACCAACUGAAAAAUCGGGCCGGGAUUCAGCAAGCGUGUCCACUCCUCAUAUUUGGUGUUUCUCCAGCAGCAGUACCAGAGCACGGCGGUGACAUUAUGGAGCCCCCCGCACCCCCCGGCCCCGUGCAGGUUGUCCUGGUGAACAAAGAGGAGCAUUCUUUCGAGCUGGACGAGAAAGCCUUGGCCCGGGUCCUCUUGCAAGAGCAUGUCAGGGAACUUGAUGUGGUCGUGGUGUCAGUGGCCGGAGCAUUCCGCAAGGGCAAGUCUUUCUUUCUGGACUUCAUGCUUCGCUACAUGUAUAACCAGAAGGAAGGAGGCCAUUCCCAGUGGCUGGGUGACGACAAUGAACCGCUGACAGGGUUUUCAUGGCGGGGGGGCUCGGACCCCGAAACCACCGGAAUUCAGAUCUGGAGUGAGAUCUUCAUCGUGGAAAAGCCUGGUGGGAAGAAGGUUGCAGUUAUCCUGAUGGACACUCAAGGUGCGUUUGACAGCCAUUCGACCGUGAAGGACUGUGCCACCAUUUUUGCCCUCAGCACCAUGACUAGCUCUAUCCAGAUUUACAAUUUGUCCCAGAACAUUCAGGAGGACGACCUACAGCAGCUGCAGCUCUUCACGGAAUAUGGUCGCCUGGCAAUGGAUGAAAUUUUCCAGAAGCCCUUCCAGACGCUGAUGUUUCUGAUCCGGGACUGGAGCUUUCCCUACGAGUACAGCUACGGCCUGGAGGGAGGAAUGGCAUUUCUGGAGAAGCGCUUGCAGGUGAAGGAACAGCAGCACGAGGAAAUUCAGAACGUCCGAAAUCACAUUCGCUCCUGUUUUACCAGUGUCAGCUGCUUUCUCCUGCCACAUCCAGGCCUCCAAGUGGCCACCAGCCCGACCUUUGAUGGAAAACUGAGAGACAUCUCUCCUGAAUUCAAAGAACAGUUACAGGCGUUGAUACCGUUUGUGUUAGAUGCAAACAAGUUAAUGGAGAAGGAGAUCAACGGCUCCAAAGUCACCUGUCGGGGUCUGCUGGAGUAUUUUAAGGCCUACAUUAAGAUUUACCAAGGAGAAGGACUGCCUCACCCCAAAUCAAUGCUUCAGGCCACUGCGGAAGCCAACAACUUAGCUGCAGCAGCAUCUGCCAAGGACCUGUAUUAUAACAACAUGGAAAAGGUCUGUGGAGGGGAGAAGCCCUACCUGGCGUCAGAAACGCUGCAGGAAAAGCACCACGAGUUCCGGAAGCAGGCCAUGGACCAGUUUAGGAAGAGCAAGAAGAUGGGGGGCCAGGACUUCAGCCUGCGCUACCAGAGCGAGUUGGACAAGGAGAUCCAGGAGCUGUACAGCCACUUCGUCAAGCACAAUAGCAGCAAGAACGUGUUCAGUUCCUUCCGCACGCCGGCCGUGCUCUUUAGCUUCAUUGUGCUACUCUAUGUGAGCUCGGGCUUCACGGGUUUCCUGGGCCUUGAAUCGGUCACCCAGCUCUGCAACUGCAUGCUGGGCCUGCUGCUUGUCUCCCUGCUGACCUGGGGUUACGUCCGCUACUCGGGCCAGUACCGUGAGCUGGGCGGUGCCAUCGACUCCAGCACCAACUUUGUCCUGGAGCAAGCUUCCUCUUGCAUAAGUAAUUCCACUUCUGAGGCUGUUGGGAGAACGUUCGAAGAUAAGAAGUGCCAAUAAAGGUGGGGAGCUGGCCCAAGCGCGCCGUGCCUUGGCCGUGAUGGGCUUCCGGGUCAGGCCUUCUAUGGCAGCCAGAGCAAGCCUGUGAGUGGGACGACUUCCUGGAAGACUCGAAAUACAAUGCUGUAAUAAAUGGAGCAGACGUUUGCCUGUGGCUUAAACCCA